UACCACAGCUGCUACCACCACACAGCAAACAACAAGCCUCAAACCGACCACAGCGGCUACAACUCAGCCUAAAACCACCACUACAACCACACUUGCCACUACUACCAUCACUACUACGGCCCCCCCUACCACCACCACCACUACUCCUCCCCAAACCACCAUCAUCACUACUAAUCCUCCCCCAACCACUACUACAACUACUACACCUUCAACUACCACUACUGCCACCACUACUACUACUACCACUACAACAACAACAACAACAACAAAGGUACCUGCCACCACUCUGUUCAUCCUGAUGACGUCACCUCCCACCACGACCACUGAACCUCCAUCCAGUACAAGCGCAGAGGAAAGUCCUCUACCAUGCAACGUGACCGAGAAGUACUGGGUCAGAACAGUUCUGUCCAUUGAGUUGCGUAGAAACCGGCUGGAUCUGAUCCUGAAACAGAACCUCUCUAAAGGACUGAGCCAUGCCCUGCAGAGAGCCCUGAAUGACUCCACAGCCUAUGCACAGGUGGAACACGAUGAAUGCAGCCCCCACAACGUGACGUUGGGUUACUAUGUGACUAGCGGCAAAACUGUCUACAUUACCUCCUUGGUGGUCGAGGCACUGCAUGUUUACGGUUUUGACAAGCUCCUCUCGGACAUCAGGCAGCACACCCCAUUGGUUAAGGCAGUUCUGGUUCCUGUGGCAACCUGGGUGCCCGCUCCAAGCAUUCACCUGCAGCUGAAAACAGUGUUGAGAUUCGUCGGCCCAACAGAUAACAUCUACUCCUGCAGUUUUGUCCAGAUGUUGGAGCAGAGGCUGGAAAACGCCUUCGACGAGGCUCAGGACAAAGUGCUGGAGACAUACAACAGGCUCACUGUGGAGAUCGAAAGUGUGUCCCAGGACCCAGGCUCUCCAUCAGUCUCUCUGGUGUAUGUGGUGAAGAACCAGGAUGCCAUUCUCAACGGGACGAUCUCCAGUGGCCUCCUCAACCAGCUGACCGCAGAGCUGGUGGGAUACUUUCUGUUCUACCCACCCAUGGUCAUCGCUGAGCCCCUUGAAUACCAUAAUCUCAACACGUCAAUGGCAACCAAGAAAUAUUGGGUGAUAACAGUGAUCCAAGACGUGGACAGCUCUUCUCUGGAGGCCAACUACCAGAGCUUUGCCAACCUGAUGGAGCAACGGCUGGCUGAGCUCUUCUUGGUGGCCGGCAGGCAGGGCCCUCGGACGGCACGAUCUCGGCGGGCCACCACCGUGGGUAGCUACACCGUACAGGAAGCGGGAGACUGCAUUCAAGAGAUGGUUGUCGGAGUUGCAGAUGACUUGUACAUUGCAGUGGUGGAGGAAAUGGUGAGGAUGCGUCGACUGCCUGGUCCGAAGAACCCAGCAGAGAUGACCUAUUUUGCCCAACUGAAUGGAGCACCCAUCACUGGCUCCACCGCUGCAAAGACCCUUAGCAGUCUGGACUCGCAGACCAUGGCUUUGACACUGGGAUACUUUGUACAAGUGCAGGCUGAACCUGUGGUAAAGACACCGCCCAGCAACCUGUGGAUCAUGGCUGUUCUAACGCCUCUCUUCCUGUUGAUGGUGGUGAUCGGUAUGGUGUCCUUCAUUCUGUGUAAGAGGAACAGGGUCAUCUUUAAAGCUGGCGCCUUCAGGACCUUCAAAACCCGCUCCAAGACCUCGUAUCGAAGGGAGGGCAGUUACCACCACCAGCCUGUCCAGGGCUUUGACUACGCCAAGAAGCACAUGGGUCGAACAGGUGAUAAGGCUAUCUCCGUUACCAAGGAGACACUGGUACUGGGGCUGCCUGUACGAGAUGCUCCACUGUCAUUGGAUAACAAGGUCCACCAGGAUGGGACUGCCAGCAAGAGGCCUCCAUCUGCUGACAUACACAAAGGAGGUCGGUUGCCAAGUGAGGAGGACGGCUCUGUGUCAAGUAACGGCUCCGGGAAGCUGAACACCAGCAAGAGCUCCUCAGCCCGAAGGACGACGACUGGCAACAGCAGCAAGAACGGCAAGGAGGAGCUUCACAAGAGGAGCCCCAAUGACCCAUACGAAGACCAUUCAGGCUCUCUGCGUCUCAUCACCAUUAAACCCAUGACUGCUCAGCCAACAUACUCUUAUCCCUCCUCCUCAUCCCACAGCCAAGACUCUGUGGUCCUCAAUGUGGAGGCAAACCAUGGUGGGCUGAAACAAAAGUCUGACAUUGAGCACUACAGGAACAAACUGCGGCAGAAGGCCCGGAGGAAGGGCUAUGGAGAGUUCUCUCUGUCUGAGGGUGGCAGCCAUGGUUACAGUCACCAUGACACCAGGCACAGUCGGCACGACAACGGGGUCAAGGAGCCAAUGACUGCCGAGGAAAAGAGGGCAUCCUUCGCCGGAUGUCAUAAGAGGUACUCCCACCCACGGGAGCCCACCUAUUGGAGCCGUCAGUCUCUGAGCAGCCCAAGCCCAGUAGAGACGGAGAUGGACCUGCUGGUGCUGAGAGAAAGAUCUAGGAGGGGCAUCCGGAACAACGGCUACGAUGGCGAACCAGAACAGUUUGAGGAGACCAAUGUGGACCGUCUGAUGAGCUCUCUGGGUUACGGAGGUGUCACCGGGAACGGCAGCCUUGGGGUGAAAGCUCAUUGUGGCUCCGACUCCUCCACACUCAGCUCUCAGCCUUCCAUUGAUGAGGUCCGCACGCAGAUGCAUAUGUUGCUGGGCAACGCCUUCAGCCUGGCACCUCCGGACCACGCCCCCCCUUCUCCUCCAACCAAGAGCCACUACCAUCACCACCAUCAUGCCCACAGAGCCUACAACCCGUCCCACACCAGCCACUACAGUGACGGGGUGACCAGUGCCCCGGGGACCAUGAACCAUCCCUGUGGAGGCAGGCAGAGGAGUGCAGGCUACGAGGACAUGCAUCAGUGUAGCCUGCCCAAACCGGGUUUUCGGUUCACCCAGCUUCCUGAUAUGGGUAUCGGGUCUCCCCCGCCACUGAUCCCCUCAAGACCAGGACCACCACCUGGGACCUCAUUACGACGUUCCACCCCUGAUGUUAGUCUGAAGCCCCGUGUGUCAGAGGCCUCAGACCUGCAGGCCCAGCAGCACAACGGAGCCCCAUACCUGCCGCUGUCCAGGACCCCCUUCCCUGCUGUCACUGUCGACCAGUCCAUCAGCACCUACUCAGGUAUGACAUAG